AUGUAUAGAAAACUAGUUGUUGCUUCAUUCAAAGGAGUAUAUAACUCCAGAACUGCCUUCAUUUCCAAGUCUUCUUCACAACAACAAUUUAAAAGUUUGAACUUGGUUAGAUCAUUUUUCACAACUAACAGUAGAACUCUGCAACAAGAUGAAAAGAAGAUUGAAAUCAAAACUGUUACAUCAACAGAUGAUAAACCUAUCAAUGAUAAUAUCAAAAGUGAAAAAUCAACCAUCAAAUCAAAUGAAAAUCAACAAAAUUGGAUAAGUCAAUUACGUAAACUUUUAAAAAAAACAAAUUCUCAUGAUGCACAUUCAAACUCUUCUCGUGUAAAUGAACUUGAGAUUAUUCGUCAAAUGUUAGCAAUUAUUGUUUUAGGAGGAUUAUUCUUUUAUUCUCUUAAAAUGGGAUAUAAUUUGGGUUUAGUUUUAUCUUUUAUUUUACUGGCAUUGUUGGUUGCUUAA